UUAUUACUGUACGACUCACUACUGUUGCUGCGACAAAUUUCAACUCGUUCCUCACUCCCGUCUGGGUGGCAGUGAAGAUUUUUGCGGUUAUUCCCUUCUAUCCCAUCUCCCACCGUCGCAGAAGAGUCGACAGCCAAACGAGAUCUGUUAUAAGAACAUGGCCGAUCAGUUUUCCGAAGAGCUAAUCUCCAAGUUCGAGGAAGCCUUCUCUACCUCCGAUCAAGACGGCGAUGGGAAGAUUACUGCGAAAAAGCUUGGAACUGUCAUGCGCUUGUUAGCACGGAGUCUUACCGAUGCUGAACUUGAGGACAUGGUCAAUGAAGCUAAUGAAGACGACGAGGCGGUGGCUGAUUUCCCAGAAUUCGACGCCUGGAUGACGCGGAAGGUGCAUUGUACGGAUAGCCAAGAAAAGAGCAGAAAUGCAUUCAAGGGCUUGGAUAAGGACGAGAACGGUCUUAUCAGCAUGGCUGAGUUGCGGCGCAUCAUGACAUACCUCGGCGAGGAGUUGACCGAUGGAGAGGCCACUGAGAUGGUCCGUGAAACCGACGUUGCUGGAGAGGCUCAGAUCAGUUACGACGAGUUCGUCAAGACGAUGUCUUCGAAGUAAUCAACCUUCUUAUACCCUUCACCAGCAAGAAUGUCUUCUUUUCGCAGUAUGUUUUUCUCUACGCUUUAGAAAGUAUGUCCUAGGAAGAGACCCAUAUAAGCCGCAAUGACUACAUCCCAGGCUGUCCUUGUAAUCGUUUUCGUUGACUCGAUCUUGGAAACCACUGGCCUGAAAUAUGCAGUAUUCGUAGUGCUAGGUGCUCUGAGCCAUCGUGCAUCAACUGUGAUCACCACUAAAUUUUGCACCUUGUGCUUCCCAGUAUGUAGGUUACAUACCUCGCAAGGUCCC